AUGCCCGUCGCGCAGUUCUCGUCCGUACCACACACCGCAGGCGGUGGUUCCUCCGUUCUCGCAUCGGUUUCCUCGGCGCCAGCAGCCCUCCCUAACCAAUCCACACCUCUUCGUCCUCUCAUCCUUUCGCCAGACCCAACCCUCGAGAUCGAGAACGUACUCCACCCCCCGUCCCCGACAAUGAGCGCCUCGUCCGGCGCACCCAGCACGCCCUGGUCCUCUCGAUUCUUUUUCGACGUCGACGCCGCCCCUGGCCUCUCCCCAUCACUUUCGCCAGGCUUCAGCCGUUGCACUUCUGAACCACCGUCCAUGAUGCCUGAAAUGGGGGUGAGGCGCCGCCAGCGAUCGCGGAGCGCGUCGCGGACUCCAUCGUCGCCACCGUCCGGAGGUGGCCGAGGCGCUGAUCUCAAGUCGCUGCCUGUCACUCCCAAGGUUGCGUCACCUGCGCAGAUCAACAUUGGCCCUGCUGGUCCCAACGACGACGUGCAUCUCGCGUCUGAGCCAGCCUUGCCAUGCCGCCCUCAACCCGGACCGGUGCGGCACCGGGCCGAGCGCCGCGCACUGCUCCCGCACACCAUGUCGAGCGACGCUCUCGGUCUGCGAAACAAGCACGGUGCAGUGCCUCUCGACUCGGCGCCCGUCACUCCCGACGAGCGAAUGCACGGCGAGCUCUACCAACCGACUUCGGUCCAGUCGGCGUGGUCCAACUGCUACGGGUCGGCUGCGUGGAUGAGCACUCAGUACUCGGACCUGUUCCUGCUCGAGCCCCACGAGUAUGACAGCAUCACGGACGGCGAGCUGGUGCGCCUCUUUGACCGCGGUGUCAUUGACGGACGUGUGCUCGAGCAAAUAGUCGACGCGAGCAUCCGCAUCCAGCGCGCCGUCACUGACGCCGACCGCGCCGUGAGCAUCAAAACGCGUCGCGCCAUGAUCCGCCACGCGCUCGAGGACUGA